AAAAUAAAAUACCACUUGUAAUAUGUUCACUAGUGAUAUGUGUGUUUUCAACAGUUUUCUUGCAACGGAGAUUCUGGGAGAGUUUGAUGUUUACCCAAGUUACGGAGAUCUAGAAGGGAGCUGGGCUCCACUGAAGAAAGACUGUCCAAGCGGGAAAGAAUGGAUUCAGGUGCAGUUUGCGGAGUCCCUGUACAUACAUCGUGUGGACAUCUACGAGACUAACGUCGCCGGGUUGGUGAAGACUGUGUCGGUGGGGAAGAACAACGGUACAUGGAGCAGUGUUUGGACAGCUUCGUCAGUGUCAGUGAUUACACACAGCAGAAUCUUCUCUCCAGAAUUCACGACGCCGAUAUUCUCGUCCGACCGAGUCAUGAUUGAAACAGAUUGUGCCCUGUCUUCAAAAUGGGUGGAAUUCGAUUCCAUCAAGAUAUUUGGACUCAAAUCCCCACCGCAGACCUCACGAUAAUCAGACUUCUCGAGAGCUCGGCAUUUACAAUUCCAUUUGGAUGUAUGGAUUUACUGACAAGUCUGUUAUUGAACUGUUGAGCGUGGUCGAUAUGUAUGGUAAGAGGAACAUCUAUGUCAGGCCCGUGUUAAGUUGUUUUAUUGAACACAUAAACUUAAAGCAAUUGUGUUUAAUACGGAUUUUAAUAAAUCAAUUUUUCUUGAAA